AUGAAGGAUGCUAAACCUCGAGACCGACUGGCACGCCAGCUGGGAAUCAUAUGUUUUGAGAUGGAGGCUGCUGGAUUGGUUGGUGACUUUCCAUGUCUCGUCAUCCGGGGUAUUAGUGACUAUGCGAAAUUUCACAAGAACGAUCAGUGGCACGGCUAUGCCAUAGCAACGGCAGCAGCAUAUGCAAAAGAGCUCCUCUCCGUUGUGCUUCCUGUCGAAGUUGUGGAAAAGGAUCCUGCCGAUGUACGAUCGACAGCUGCGAGUGAAUCAAGCCUCAUGAGUCCUGACAGGUCGGUCUAUUCUGGGACAUUCUUCUCCGGCGGCGGACCGAUAUUUUUGAGAAAUCAAAAUGCCGGGAGGGAUAGAAAUAUCAGGACCGGUUCCCAUAGUCGAGACUCUACCUUUUGA